UGACGUCAAAAAAGGGGAAAACUGCCAUGAAAACGGAAUUAGUGUAUGUCUUUAUUAAAAGGUUUCAUAUAUGGAUGCCAUACGUAAAGAACACUGGGAUCUGUUGUCAACACUCUUAGACUUUAUUGGAGAUGGUCCUGUCCUCCAACGUUGGAAAAUAUAUAUUGGAAACAUAACAAACCGUCCAUAUCCAAGUAACAGAACUGUAGUUGACGAUUUUGAUAUUCUUGAGAAAAUGGGGAAGAUGUCUCCUGGUAAUUAUGAUGUACUUUUGGAAUUUUUCCGAAAAUCGGAUAACAGAGCAAUUGAAUUCAUUACAAAUACUCAGUCAAAAUUGGAAGAAAUACGGAGACAAGAUGGGAGUUUUCACGUGGAAACAGAUCGAGGAAAUGCAGAUGGAGCAAAACAUCGGUCAACAGGUAUUUCCAUUUACCAGCAUAAUCUUUGAAAAGCAAAAACAAAUAAAAAUAAAACAACAAUUCGUGUGA